GCAGCCCUCGUCCUGUUCUGUCCUGUGCAGUCCAGCGCCGUGUCACUUGUCGGCAGAGCUUGCAAUCAGAGGCAGACAUGCCGUUUCUGGAGCUAGACACCAGCUUCCCCGAGAAAGACCUUCCCGAGGGCUUCGCUGAAAGCUUGUGCUCAGCUGCCGCCUCCAUCCUGGACAAACCCCGUGAAAGGGUGCUUGUCGUCAUAAGAAGUGGACUGACCAUAGUGAUGGGAGGAUCAUUUGCACCCUUUGUCCUGCUAAAUGUUUCUGCCAUUGGAGUGGUGGGGACAGCAGAACAGAACAAGGAGCACAGUGCCAAGUUGUUUGAUUUCCUGACGAAAGAGCUGAGCUUAGAACCAGACAGGAUUCGAAUACGAUUUCUUCCCAUGGAACCCUGGCAAGUUGGCGUCAAAGGAACUGUUAUGACCUAUUUGUAAUAAGUAAUGGAGGAAGACCAAUGACCAUUCAGGAGAUGCUGAUUCUGCCUUUGUCUGUCUGAGAUGUUGGCAAAUGAUUACUUCUAACACAGAACUGGCUCAAUGGAUGGAUAUUUACUCAUAAUGCACAUUCCAUGCUGUCUUUAAGAAAUAAAAUGGUGCUCUGCCAA